AUAUUUCGCAUAUGGAUACGUUCGAUUUCUGUCCAUCUAGAAUUUGUGCUCGGUGAUACAUCACCCGAAUAGCAUCGGGUCAUGAAUGAAUCUCGCAAAGCAAGUCAUCGAAGCACUCAUCUCGGUUGAACCUGUGAGCUCGGAAAUAGCAUCAAAAGAAUGGUUCACGCCGCAACUAUCACACCCGCAGCCUCGGCCGCUUCUCGCCCAGGUAGAACACCAGCGAGAUCAAGCUCCAUAGGUAGCUUUCGUGCAGGUUCCCCGUUACCUGCUCCGGUGAACCGUACCUUGCGGCGCCUAUCUACUCAGCAUCACUAUCAAACCUUCCCCACCCCGCCGCCGAGGACUGCAGGACGAAGGCCAGAUACCCGAAGGCCAGAUACGGGCUCCAGCUCUUCAGAUUCCCAGGCUCAUGAUCACCAUGGCGUCACGACGCCUUUACCUGUCAAGCAGCUCGCCCUCUUAGCUCUCUUAUCCUUAUCUGAGCAGACCGCACUUAACUCCAUAUCACCCUACCUACCGGAGAUGAUCGAGUCGUUUCCUGGUGUUGACCAUGACGAAGUCGGAUUAUACGUCGGCCUACUAGCUUCUUCUUUCGCAUUGGCUCAGCUACUAACAAACCUACUAUGGGGCUAUUUAUCAGACAUCAUUGGGCGAAAGCCCGUCAUGCUCUUAGGCACUUUGCUUUUAUGCUUUUGCUUCGCCGCAUUUGGAUUUUGUAGUAGAUAUAUUCAUGUUAUUCUCGUUCAUGUGGCUAUGGGUUUAUUCAACGGAAACGCUGCCGUCGUUCCUACUUGUCUCGGAGAGUUGACGGAUCGGAGUAAUCAGAGCAAGGCGUUCACCUGGCUACCCGUCGUAUACAGCCUGGGUAGUAUCACAGGGCCUGCACUUGGCGGAUUGUUAGUCGGCAGGUUUACGGAAGCUCGUUAUCCAUUCCUUGCCCCGAACAUACUAGGAGCUUCGCUUCUCGCGAUAAGCGUGGUCGUCUUAGCUAUCUGGUUUGAUGAAACGCUAGAAUAUCAAGGGGAUAUCCCUAGCUGGUCCGAUAGGCUCUCGUGGUUGUCUAGCAUAACGAAGCAAGCUGUAAAAAGAACGAAACAUUCAUGGUUUGGGAAGGGAGAUAGAGACGCAGAUGACGAGCAAGUGGAAACUGAUGAAGACGAAACGGGUGAGGAGAGUAAUCUUCUACCGUCCGAACAAGAUGCACAUGGUGAUGGUGACCCGAAGUCACCGCAUGACACGACGACUUGGCGCCAACUCCUGAAUCGAACCACAAUAGUCCUUUUAGCUACACAUCUCGUCUUUCAGUUAUCAAACAGCUCCUUUAACAGCUUAUAUCCCAUAUUUGCGUCAGGAAAGGAGCCCACCGGGCGAAACCUGCAUGCGGAUGUUAUUGGGGUAUCACUAUCGGUUGCCGGAGUGUUCACCAUCCUAUUUCAGUUAUUCUUAUUCAGGCCAUUAAAAGCCCAUCUAGGAAAUGUGAGAUCUUACCGGGGCUCUUUGCUUGGCUUUGCCGUUACCAUGGCGUUGAUGCCCUUCGUCGGUCAUGUGGGCUCCAACCCGCCGUUUGGCAUAGGCAACAGCAAGACAUGGCUCUAUCUGGAGAUUGGGGUGGUACUUAUCAUCAAGAAUAUCUGCGCUGUUGGGGGCCUAUCAAGCGUGAUGCUACUAAUUACCAAUUCGGCGCCGACGCACUCAAGCUUAGGUACCCUUAACGGAAUUGCGCAGACUCUUUCAGCCGCCGGGAGAAGCGUGGGGCCUUUCCUUUCUGGAGGACUCUACACUGCUUCUAAUUAUGUGCGACCUAAAGGUGAGGCUCUAGCUUGGGGCUUAUUUGCGGGAAUUGCCCUUGCUGGGUGGCUUGGAAGCUAUGCUAUCCAUGGCGAAGGCCUUGAAAGCACGGAUGACGGUUACGAAGAGGAAACCGUAGUCGACGAAGCCUCCGACAGCAACCCUGUGUAAUAUCUGAGUCCGAUAACCGAAUAGGGAAGGCUUCUUCCCUGAUAUUUGCUUACGCG